AUGUCGCAUGUACCACCCCAAGCCGUCUCGCCGCCUCCAGCAACCAAAAGAAUAGCCACUCCAUCCAAAACAACCUUCCACUUCGCCGCCGGUCUCGCAUCGGGCCUCACCUCCUCCAUUCUCUUGCAACCCGCCGACCUACUCAAAACCCGCGUGCAACAACAAUCCAAACGAACCGCCUCCUUGCUCGCAACAAUCCGCAAAAUCCUCUCCUCUCCAAACCCAAUCCGCAACCUAUGGCGCGGCACACUCCCCUCCGCACUCCGAACGGGAUUUGGAUCUGCGCUGUAUUUUACUUCCUUGAAUGCAUUACGACAAGAAGUUGCGCGGCGGGGGCCGGCUGCAAUACUCGCUGAUGGAAGUAAUAAAAACGUGUCUUCCGCGUUACCAAAACUCUCGCAUACGGCCAAUCUACUCACCGGCGCCGUGGCCAGGACCACAGCCGGAUUCAUAAUGAUGCCCGUGACCGUGCUCAAAGUUCGCUACGAAUCAGAUUAUUACGCCUACCGCAGUCUUACCGGCGCGGCAAAGGAUAUCUUUCGCACGGAAGGCGUGAGAGGUCUAUUCGCUGGGUUUGGCGCGACGGCUGUCCGCGAUGCGCCGUAUGCCGGGCUGUACGUUGCGUUUUAUGAGCAGCUCAAGCGGACGUUUGGGCGAUUACAAUCGUCCCCACCAUCCCCUUUUUCUUCAAAUAUCACGACUAAUUCGAAUACAUCAUCAUCAUCACCAUCAUCGACAACAAUAAACUUCGCCUCAGGCGCGCUUGCAGCUGGUCUCGCAACAGCGAUCACAAAUCCGUUCGACGCAGUCAAGACGCGCAUUCAACUCCAGCCGGGCAAAUAUAGGAACAUGAUCCACGCGCUCAGGUUAAUGAUCAAGGAGGAUGGAGGGAGAAGUCUGAUGAGUGGAUUGGGGCUGAGGAUGGGUAGAAAGGCGCUCAGUUCGGCGUUGGCGUGGACGGUCUAUGAAGAGCUGAUUAUGAGGGCGGAGAGGAGGUGGGAGGAUCAGGCGAGGGAGAUGAACAUUUAA